AUGCCAGAUGCUGGCUGCUCUGGGUGCUGGAGGCCCGAAGAGGGCCCCGUGUCCCCGUGUCCCCGCAUCCUCAAGUGUGCUGGCACGGGCGAGAGCGGCAAGAGCACCUUCAUCAAGCAGAUGCGCAUCAUCCACGGCGCUGGCUACUCGGAGGAGGACAAGCGGGGCUUCACCAAGCUGGUGUACCAGAACAUCUUCACCGCCAUGCAGGCCAUGAUCCGCGCCAUGGAGACGCUCAAGAUCCUCUACAAGUACGAGCAGAACCAGGCCAACGCCCUCCUGAUCCGGGAGGUGGACGUGGAGAAGGUGACAACGUUCGAGCAGCAGUACGUGGAGGCCAUCAAGACGCUGUGGGGGGACCCAGGCAUCCAGGAGUGCUACGACCGCAGGAGGGAGUUCCAGCUCUCGGACUCGGCCAAGUACUACCUGACCGACGUGGACCGCAUCGCCACCUCUGGCUACCUGCCCACCCAGCAGGACGUGCUGCGGGUCCGUGUGCCCACCACUGGCAUCAUCGAGUACCCCUUCGACCUGGAGAACAUCAUCUUCAGGAUGGUGGACGUCGGGGGACAGAGGUCUGAGCGGAGGAAGUGGAUCCACUGCUUCGAGAACGUGACGUCCAUCAUGUUCCUCGUGGCGCUCAGCGAGUACGACCAGGUCCUGGUGGAGUCGGACAACGAGAACCGCAUGGAGGAGAGCAAGGCGCUGUUCCGCACCAUCAUCACCUACCCCUGGUUCCAGAACUCGUCCGUCAUCCUCUUCCUCAACAAGAAGGACCUGCUGGAGGACAAGAUCCUCUGCUCCCACCUGGUGGACUACUUCCCCGAGUUCGACGGGCCGCAGCGGGACGCGCAGGCCGCCCGGGAGUUCAUCCUGAAGAUGUUCGUGGACCUGAACCCCGACAGCGACAAGAUCAUCUACUCGCACUUCACCUGCGCCACGGACACGGAGAACAUCCGCUUCGUGUUCGCGGCCGUCAAGGACACCAUCCUGCAGCUGAACCUCAAGGAGUACAACCUGGUGUGAGCCCGGCCGCCCGGCCACGGACGCCCCACGCCUCCCGCUCCCUCGCGCCCUCCAGGGCCACGGCAGCCUUUUCUGCCUUGAUCUGUGGCUCGGUCUUUUUCUAAAAAAAAGAAAAGAGAAGAAUAAACAAAAAACAGAUCGGAGGCAGGUGGCCGAGAGCCGGCGCCCCAGGCCCCGGGCGCCCGCGACCCUGGGCUCCCACGGGGAGGUGUGGGGUCCUGGGCCGUGGCCUGUUACCACUUCUCUAAGUUAUUGACGUCCUCGCGACCUGCGCUGUAAUUUGCUCCUGGACUCCAAGAAGUGGGGGUGGUGCACCCGCCGCCCGCCCCGGAAGUGCCUCACCUGUACACGUACAGAGUCGUCUGUACGGUCUUUUUUGUUCUUUUUUUGUUUUUUGAGGAAAAGAAAAAAAAAACCAGCUCACGGGGCUCCCAGGUCGGAGGAGACCCCACGUGCCUGGUGCCGUCGGCCCCAUCUGCCGGGCUGGGGACUCGGGUGCCUGUCCUGCGGGCAGUGGGGUGGUGCUGGGGGCCUGGGCCCGGGGCCUGGGCCUGGUGCCUGGCCUGGGAGCCAGCGCUGGGGACGGCCGAGCGUCGGGGGCACGGAGCCUGCUCCGGGUCGUGUGGCUUCCAUUUUGCUCCUUUUUUUUUUGUCACCGGUUUGGAAAGUGAGGGCAGAGUGGGGACUUCUUCAGAAUCUUCUCAGGUCUGUCCCCGAGAAGCAGAGAGGAAAGGUGGGGGUCACUGUUGGUGGCCAUGUGCGUGACCAUCCCCGCAGUGUCCUCAGCCCGCCCCUGCACCUUGCCAGGCCUUCGAGGGCCAGUGGUGGCCAGGUGCGGGAGGGUAGUCCCCAGUCCCCAGCCCAUGUCCUGGGCCUGGUCCCUGAGACAAGGCGGAGCAGGGGCUGUGCUCAGGGUGGAAGUGGCCGUCCCUCUGGUGUCACGGUGUUGUUCUGUUGGAUUUGCUCAUGUGUCCUGGGAGUGAGUGGGUCGGCGGCAGUGCCUGUCCCUGGCACCCUGCUGGGACCCUUGGAGGCUGCUGCUUUGGUGCUUGGAGAGGGCACAGGAGUAAGCCAGCCGUGAGCCGCCUGUGCCCGCUGCCCACGCGGGCCUGGGGAGGGCUGAGGGGGCUUUGGAAGUGGGGCUGUCCCUGGCUGUGGCCUGUGGGGCCCGCAGCAUCCUAGGGCAGGGCGUCCCUGUCUUAGCGGGUCCGUCCCUGGGCUGUGUGUGCCUAGGAGGGUUUGUGCCAUAGACCCUGGCAGUGGGGCUGGGCCAGGGUCCUUGCAGAGGGGCACCCUGACCUCUCAGAAGGGAAGAGGACUUGGGCUCUGUCAGUGGCCCGAGGACAGGGUCCCUCCCGUGGGGCCUGGGCGCCUCUGCCAGCCAAGUAUUGACCCUCACAGAGGGGCAGCGUGCCAAGCGUACCCGGGCCGCCUGGGGCCGUGGCCUGACCAGGCCCCUGUGCCCGGCAGAACCAAGACAGGAGCUCCUGCGCCAGCGCCACCCAGGCAGGACCGGGCAGCAACCUCGGGCCAUGGGGAUGGGCCACGCCUGAUAUGCUCCCCGGCAGCUGGGCUGCGAGGUGACCCUGGUGUCCCCCCCAUAAACUGUCGUCAGCAGCCCCGACAGGAGCCUUGGCCUGGGCACUGUCCCCCAGGUGCCCUCUGCCUGGCCACCACCCAGGACCUGCGCACCGCGGAGCCCUGACCCCAGACGACGUGGACCCCGACCUGUUUAAAAAGAAUAUUCUGUAAAAUGCUGUUUUUAAGCCUUUUGUCAUUCGAAGUGCAUGUAUUGGGCAAGUUGGGGACAGAGUGAGGAGCGGGCGCUCUGGGCCCCAUGCCAACCUCGGGCUGGGCAAGGGGCCGGGGUCCCUGCAGCAGGUCCGGGGCCUGACCCCUUACUCCACAUGUUCCUGAUGGAAAUCGACUUUUCAUAUCUUUCUCUUGAAGCGAAUUGUUUUAAUUGGAAUAAAUCCUGUUCCUACA